AUGGAGGCCGGAGAAUAUACGACCAAUACUUUAAUACUUAAUAAUAUCUCCUCAAUCGCAUACCGAACCUACGAGCUCUCUGCCACCGAUCAGUACCAGUCGCAACCAAAUCCCACCGUUAUCCAAGAUGUCGAAAGCCUGUUCAGGAAUCAAGGGUGCAUCGCGCAUUUUGAUACCACGCGCCGAAUAAUAUGGCACUUCGGCGUCACCACGAGGGAAAAUGCAAUCUCCUCAUUCUCGAUUGGUCCUGCCCUUCCCGAGAACCUCGACAUCCCAGGAGUCACACUAUCACCCGUUGACGAUGGCUCCUUCGAGCCGAUGAGCCUAUCGAGGCCGCGACUUCCAGGACCACAAGGGAACAAUACCCCUACCGGUUCCCUUCCCGGAUCGUCAUUGCUAGACGCUGGGCUCCAGGUUAAGUCGGCUGCCUCUUUCAGCCCGGCUUCCAGCUCUUCGUGGGGUGUCGUCGAGCAGGAUGCGAAAUCUCUGUCGAUGUCUGGGAUUGAUCUAAAGGCUGCGUCCCUGGGCGCAAUCACAGUUAAUGAUGCCUACGAUAAUUUUAUCCUUGCACUGCUAGGCACGAUCCUUGCAGACUUCGUGAAGCGGACGGGCGCUACGCCCCUGGACAACCGUACGGUUCUUCUCUGCCCUAGUCAGCCGCUUGGGGAGAGCCAAGAUGCUACGAUAUCUGGCCUAUCUGCAACGGCGUCGUUCCGUCUCUAUCUUACGCCUACAGGAACUCUCAUAAUCAAUAUUGCCCUUCAUGCGGGAGAAGGACUAUUGUCUCUGAAUAAACCUCAAGUGUCUCUUUUCUCUUCGCCAUAUACGGAGACACCGAUACUCGUUGCCCCUUUUGGCGUACGGGCUUUCUCGCAAGGGGCCCUGGAUCUUGGAUUAUCGCAUCUCGAUACUGGCGUCGCCCAGACGCCUGAUACACAAAUCAGCCGCUUUCACGAUACGCGAUCGUCGCGCUGGCGGCAAAUUUGUUCGAGAUUGCUUCAGCUCAAAGGAAUACCCUCUCAGGUAUUAGAUUCCUGUCCUUGGAUAGCCAUUCGAGUUCCGCGACAGAAACUCUUUGAUCAGAGGGCGGACGGCAUGCCGCCUUCCAUCAUAACCACGUCGACUGCCAUCUCCUGGCCGGCUUGCCUCUGCUUCCGGCGACACAAUGCGAGCUUACCACCAGUGAGUCGACUCGGAGGGAACACACUCGUUGGCCGCGACGAAUCAUACGAUCCGUUAGAGCGUGCUAAGAGUUGGUUCCAGGAGGCGGCGGAACGGAACGAGGCAAUAGCGAAACGGAAAAAGGAGCGCGAAACACCCCGAGAAGCCGUAGACGCAGAAAACCGUUCCCGUCAACAGGUGAAUGGGAACUCACCGUUGGCUUUGCAGCGUGCAGGCAACGCGGCAGCCCUGGCGGCCGGCGUGAUGUACCCUACGCCUCCUGAUGCUAUCCAGAACCCGAGUGCCCCAACACCGAGUCUCGAUGGCGCUGUAAUUAGCCCUCACGCUCAGCCCCCUAGCCUUGCCAUCGUUGAUACGGAUGUGGUCAUGUCUAGUGCGGCCCCGCUCGGUGAUGGUGAUGCGUAUGCGGAGCGUGAUAGAAACGAGGCUCCCUACCUCACAGACGCCGAUCACUUAUUUGGUGACCUAGGCGGAGACAUGUUCCCGGAUGGAGAGCUUACAGAUGCAGACUUUAACUUCUUUGAUGAUCAGCCCGUCAGCAACGCCGUGGAUCUGGAUGUGGACAUGCUAACCGCGGAUAUUGCGAACCCGGACCCUCAAACGUCAAUCCCUGAAUCCAACCCCCGCCAAUUAGCAGACAUAUUACCUCCGCCACCACCCUUCCCGUCCGGGGGCAACAAUACGUCUGUCUCUGAUCAAUCCGCGGUCCAAGACUCUUCAAUCAAGAAGGAGUCGCCAGUUUUUGCAAAGCCGGAGCUCAGGCAUGCCAGGAGUGCCCUCGGAGAUGAGACCAAAGCCGUGUCCAAGACGAGGCCUGGUAGUACUAUAAAGAGAGAACACAGCCCCUUUGAUCCAGAUACUGUCUUCAAGCGGGUCCGAACAGCGGUCUAUAGACCCAAACGCCCUCCGACCUCCGCGCCGCUGAUAAGACGAAGGAGUGUCUACGACAAGGUUGAAUUCGACGUGACCCUGCCCCCGGUCACUAGCAAAUACGUAAACGGAGGCAAAUAUGCCUUUACAUGGUCGCCUACCAAAGAAGAUUUGAACCAUAAAGCGCCGCCAACAACCGAUUAUCUCAGACGCCACGGGAAGAACAGCAAGAAUCUAAAGGCGCUUCCCGAAAACCACGGAGCCAUGAUCGCGCGGAUAACGACUGGUCUGGAGUCUAGCUCUAUUCAUGCUAGCCCUACGAAAAUCGAUGUCCUCGCAGACGUGGAAUGCGAUGAUGGCAGUACAAUUUCCGACCAGGACGACACGAGCGUGUCGAGCGAGGAGGCAUUCUCGCCCAUCAAGUCUGCGGUGCCAAGACGAACGAAUAACGAAGAUGAUUUGAUCUCGCACGCAACAUCACUACGGGACGUCGAAGUUCCCGAUGACUCUGAUCCAAGCUUCGUCCUGGAACUACCUCGUCUUGGCCGAGCGGGAGCCUCGGAGAUGCCGGUGGCGAAGUUAUUCGCCGAUCCGGAACCGCUCGCUCUCCAGUUGUCGCUCCCCGAUGAAGACAUGGUGGCCAUCGCGCAGAUCUUGACGGAGCAGGCAGCGCUCGGCUCGUUGGAGAUACUCAGCGACGUCACCUUGCGCAAGCCGCCCGUGCCCUCCCCCGUCAAGCGCCGUCAGCUAGCUUCGCUGUCGCGACAGGCAUUGCAAGGAUUGCGUGAAUCUAUUCCGGCGAGCCUAGCGGGAGCUGUGGAGUGUCAGCUCCGAGCCUUCUCGGAGAUUCAGGACGGGACCCCAUCGCUCGGUCCCCCCAGCCGCCCGCUUCUCCAGCCGCGUCCCGUCCCCGGUCGGGAUUCGUCAAUACCCAUGCCUCCGACUGUAUAUCAGAUUCCGCCCCCACACCUCGAGCUGAAGCGGGCGGAGACAAGGCUUUCUGUCCUUCCAUCCGCCGUGUCGUUCUGGGAAAGUCUCGGGCUUGGGCCAUCGCUAGGCCCGAAGGACGUGCACGCCGUAUGCGUCUUUCCAGGAUGGGAUGGUAUGGCCGAUAGCGUCGACUUAUUCAUGGACCGUGCGAGAAGUGUUUACGAGUCUAUGAAACUUGGAAGCUUUGGCCGUCUUGCGUCGACAGAGAGCAUCUCCAAUGGGCUGGUCCGGUACGACGUGGAUAAAAUCUCGGUCACGCCGGGAACCGUUUUCCCGCGUAUCAGUUCAGCUCUUGCGGAGCGAGUAGAGCUUUUAUGCCAGGCCCUUAGAGGAUCCACGGAGUCGUCGAAGAACUUUGUUGUGUUCUUCAUAUAUUCGCCUGCCAAUCCGAGCUCGAUCGUGGAGGCGUGUACAUCAUUCCAGCAGCUCUCGGAAGCUUACAAGAGCCUGUUAACAGGCAAGAAUAGUGCCGUACCGUCAAACGAGCUAGUCCUCCAGCUCGUUCCGUCCGAUUUCGUCUGCGGGACGUCGUCCGUCGUUAUUCAGCCUCCUGCGGACAUGCUUAAGCUCUGCCUCGAGAUAUACGACCGGUGUACCUUAUUCAACGGGCCAGCGCCGGCGCCAGCCAUCAUGCUCGAGCAGGUGGCACCGCGCUUUAUAGACUUUAGCCUCGCGGCGACGCCGUCCGCAUCGGUUAUGCAUGAGAAUUCGUGCAUUCACGUGUCCUAUGCACGCAGCGUCAACGGACGAUGGGUUACGGCGGCGUGGACGGAUAGUCGAGGCAGCCAGCAGAUGACGGCUUCAUAUUGUCUUGGACGAAAGGGCCGGCCCCUCGCGACACCGUUCACGGACGUUGCUCACGAGAUUUGGGAAACGACGCACGACCUCAUAUCGAUGUGGAAGGUCCAUUGGAGAGUCGUCAUCACGAAGUGCGGGCCGAUGGAGGCAGAUGAGAUGGACUUCUGGACCGGUCUCGCCCAAACGGAAUCCAAAGCCAGGGUCAGCUUGGUCCUGAUGACGGUGGACACGAGCCCGUCGCUCCAGCUGAUCCCGCCCGCCGUCCGGCUCAACCCAUCCGUAUCGGCGACUUUUUACACCACGCCAGCCUCCACGCCGCAGGCCAGCAUCCUCUCCCCCGAGCAGAGCGGCAACCCCCCCACGCCCGCCAACGCACCCACGCCUGGCGGCGACACCAACGCAGCAGCAGCCGACGGCGCCGCGGCGGACGGCAUCCUCGUCGAUGUCAUGGACCAGUCGUGGGGCUGCGUGCUCAGCCACAAGCUCAACAACACCACAUCCCCGACAGAGAUCAACCCGUCCCUCUUCAGCGGCUACCUCAUCAAGCGCGGAGGCACGAAGAUCGAGGACCCACCCGUGGUCAUGGAGGUCAAUGUCGUGUACAGCGAGGGCGGGAACCCGAGGCAGCACGAGGGUUUACUGCGCGAGAUGUUGGGGCAUUUUAGGGCGUUGGGGACGUUGGCGAGGGUUAGGGGCGUGGCGGAUAGGGAGGGGGACGUGAGGCCUUGGCAUGUUGCGGCUGCUGAGAAGGCUGUUAGGGCAUUGUACUUGUUGAUGUGA